GCCAAUCAUCCGAUUUGAAAGCGUCAUCAUCUAAUCUCUGGUAAUGACAAAAUGGCCACGCCACGCAAUUUCCCAUGCUUUGGAGCAGGUCGGUGGAAAAGCUUCCAGGGCGAAACUCCAGAAGCAGCGAGCGGCCAUGUCUUGCGAUAGGCCGCCCUUAUCUUGUCGCUGAGCAAGGUCGGCCAUAUUUCAUCCCGCGACCAAUCUCUUCAAUCUGGAGCCAAUCGGGAGGUCAAAGGAGCAGAUUAGAAGGCGCUCGGAGCGUCUACUCGCUCUUCUCCUGUUUUUGGGUGGCCGCCGUUUUCCGCUUCAUCCUUUUGAGAAAUGGAGAGCCAAACGUCCGCGUUAGAAUUGACACUGAAUCAGACGCAAAGCUUCUUAGCGGCUCGACACGCUCGAGUGGCCGGACUCUCCGGCGGGAUUUGACUCAUUGCCUCCUUUUGAUGUCUUCCCCGCGUUUCCACAGCAACGGCGUACCCCGAUCGAUACGUUUUCGAGCGUUUGUCAUCCGGGCUCGGGUUUUGGUACCGCUGAUAAAUGGCAAAAAGGGCCAGAGUUGAAAUAGAGCUCGGAAUAAUCCAUCCACAAUGAAAAUAAACAUGACAAGUGGGAAUGAUCCCAAAAAGAGGAAUCACACGAGUAAAUAGAAACAGGACCACUCGGAAUAAUCCAGCGAGUCGAGAAAGCGCCAAGGAAUGGAAUUGCCUCCAGUAAGUGUUUGUCUGCGACUUUUUUCUUCCAGUGCCUUGUCGCUUUUGUUUUUCCACAGAAGAGCCUGAACACGGCGGCGCCGGCGGAUGACUCACAAAGUCCGAGGCGAGCGAGGAGCUUCGGCCGUGAAGGUCACUCCGCCGUUGCCAUGACGCCGCCGCCACAGCCAUCUUCCUCCUCCCGCCGCCGCCGUGGUGCCCAGUCAGCAUGCCGCCGCGUCAACACACGGCGGGUCCAGACGGGCAGCCAUCUGUCAGCUGCUCUUAGGCUACUACGCAAAAUGGCCGACGAGACGUGUGCAAGCGGCGUCACGUGGAGGUCACCCGCCCCAAAUCGUCCGCACGGGCGAAAACAACGGUGCAGUAGAAUUACACAGUCAAUUUAAUUAUUCAUUGCAAAUUUAGAAAUCAUUUUUCCAAAAGAACAUUUGCACCUUCAAAAAAUAAUUCCAACGCAGCCGCAUCUUUUCUGCCUGGUGGUGCGAGUGUCAUCAAGACAGGAAAGCGCGAGGUGGUCUCGUCAAGCCUAUUUUUCUCCUGGUGGCUUUGCAUAAUUCCCCCCCCCCCCCCUCUCCAUUAGUGGCGGCAUAACGAGCAUAGAUGGACGCGUAAUGACACUCGCGCUCUCGCUCCUCCCGACUUAUUUGUCGGCGGCAGCGGGUGGAUGAAGGAAAUAAGAUUGCACUUUUGCAAUUUUUUUUCCAUUAUGAUUUUUAUGAGGAUAGUGGAAGAAAAAUAUUCACUUUAAAUGGGAUAAAAUAGAUAAAAUUAGCAGCCAAAAAUUCUUCCUCUGCCGUCAUAACAUUAGGUACACGUGGGUCGGCAACCUGGAGCCGCACGGCGUGUUACCGCGCUCGCCUCCAGCUGCACUCUGCGUGUCACGUGACCCCGCCCGACUAAAAAUAAACCCUACAUCAUGAGGCUGAGUGAAGGUGAUGCACCUUGCGUGGCACACAAAAAGAUGGAAGCGUUCGGCUUUGAGAGUGACUGUCGUGCUCAGCUAAUUGACUCAUAAAAAAAAGAUAGAAUCAAGAUGCAACAAUAAUCCUCCAGAAUUCUGCGCUGAUUAAAUAAAACAAACCGCCAGGCCGCUAUCUCCUCUGUGUGACCUUGUUGGGAGGUUAUUUUUACGUUGGCUUCAUUGACACACAGCUCCCUCAUGUAGUAGUUAAAAACUGUUUUUUUUCCCAGCCCUCUAAAACGCAGCUCACGGCCCCCCGGUGGUCCGGGGCCCCUAGUUUGUCUAACUGCUCGUGAUACCACAGGCCAGAUAGCAUCGCCGCUUGCUUGUUCAGUCAGAAAAUGUGCUCAUGAUCUCCUCGACUCUUUUUUGGUCUGACAAUAGGAGCUGGUGCAGUUGGGGGAUUUAGGAGAAAAAAAAAAGUCUAUUUAUGCGCAAAUGUGAGCAGUGGCAGCGUUAAUUGGAUUUAUUUAGAGGGGGAAUUGCAUUGCAUGUCUGCUAUUGUUGAACUGACAUGAAGAAAGCUUGGGAAAUGAGGUGAAGUGCAUUCGCGGAAAAGUCUUCUAUGCUAUGGCGCUCGGCGAGAGAAGAGGCAACUUCUGUGCCUUUUACACUGACUCUUUUUAUAUUUACGAUACAUAAUACAAAAUGCGCGGUUGUGUUGUUUGUCCAUGACUUGCCGUACAAGCGUUGGUGCGCAUGCGCAACUAGCGUCCAAUUUCCGAUGUGGAUAUUCCAAAAUGGCGGUCGCGAAUGUUGUGUCGUACAGUACAGCGUGGACUCAAUUAACGUCUUUUUGCUAUUUUCUUGACGUUUAAAGUUCAUAGGUUAUAAAUAAUAAUCAACCUUUUGAUUCUCGUUUACACUCCUUUCGCCGUGGAACUUUGUUCGAAGGUAAGUUAGGCUAAUCAAGUCUGCCUGAUUCCCUCAUGAUUGAUUGCCCCAUUAUUUUGCAAAUGUAAUUGAAGUGUCAUUGGGCUUGAUGUCACGGUGAUGAUGGCUUCAUUUUUUUAAAAAUCAUUUUUCCUACACCAUGAAAUGUAAAAAAUGCCGAAUGUUUUUUUUACGCAUGUCAUGGUCACUUUUUGUGCGGGCUCGUCUCUUGCUAACCUUUGCGUCAAGCCGAGUGCAAAACUGCCGUCCGAGCACAUUGUUACGACUGCAAAUGUUGUGUUGCUAUAAAUAGUCGAUUGAUUAUUUGACUGUGGCUACAGAGCCGCCUGACCUUUCAGAGCGCUGUGACAUUUUUUUAUUUUCUUACAGUCAGUCGUUAGCUGCCACAAGCCAUCAUACGUUGUAUAUUGAACAUUGUCUAUACUGUAUUAUGUAAUUAAUGUUGCUUCUUCAUCUGACCAGUUCAUAAAGUACAUAAGUCUCCUAACACGAUUUUGAUUGACAUUUGUUUUGGUGCGGUUGCCAUUUUGCAGCUUCCCAGGUCACCAUGGUGAUGCAACGACCUUGUAGGUGUUUUUUCUGUUGCUUCUCUGGAGAAACGAGCCUGGGCCUCACAGACAUGUUCUUACAAGUCCGCUAUGACAGGUGAGGGAGGGGUCGGGGGACUCUCACAUCCUCCUCCUGCAACCAAUCACGGCUGAGCGCUCGCUGCCGCGGGAGGCUGGAGGGAUUCCGAGGAACCGUUUCCCGAGUGUCGUCGUCAUCAUCAUCGCCGCCGGCGACAGAUCAUCCAAGCUCCGCCUCCGAAUUGCCCGCCCUCCCUCUCUCGCUCGUGUCCCAUCUCGGCGCAUUGCUGCCUCUCCAACUCCAGAUGCCUCCGCCUCCCCGCAAGGAAGGUGCGCUCACCGCCAUCUGUCAGCAAAGGCCUCUGUGAAGCCGGACCGGAAGGACCCUGCCCGACCCAGUCAACAAACGCGGCGCUUCGCAACUUGACGUCCAGCCCAGCCCCUCCCUCCUCACGCUACCGCUACGCAACCCCCCCUGAGCUGAGCGAUUGGGAACAAGACCAGCAGCAAGACCGCCAGCCAGCGCUCCUGGGAAGACGAGACCGCUGCCAGGCUCGGCGAGAUGAACGAGAGUCGGAGGGAAGCGCUGGCGGCGGCCCCCGCGCCCACCGCCGCCGCCUCCUCCUCCUCCUCCUCCUUGUCCAACACCACCAACGUGGCGGGCGGCGCCGGACCCAAGGACGAGGCCUUCUCCAAGCUCAAAAACAAGUUCAUGAACGAGCUCAACAAGAUCCCACUGCCGUCGUGGGCCAUCGUGUCCAUCGCCUUCGUGGCCAUCAUCCUGGUGCUGGCCUGCUGCUUCUGCGUGUGCAAAAAGUGGAUCUUCAAGAAGAAGAACAAGAAGAAGGGCAAGGACAAAGGCAAAAACGCCAUCAACAUGAUGGACGUGAAGGACGGGGCCAAAACCGAGGCCUUUAAGGAUGAGGAGGACGCCGAGACAGGCCUGACGGAAAUGGAGAAAGAGGCUGAGCCCAAGGAGGAGCAGAAACUGGGCAAAUUACAGUACUCGCUGGAUUACAAUUUCACAGAGAACACGCUGAUGGUGGGGAUCAUCCAAGCGGCCGAGCUUCCCGCCAUGGAUAUGGGCGGCACGUCCGACCCGUACGUCAAAGUCUACCUGCUCCCCGACAAGAAGAAGAAGUUCGAGACCAAAGUCCACCGCAAGACCCUCAAUCCCGUCUUCAACGAGCAGUUUACCUUCAAGGUUCCCUACGUGGAGCUGGGCGGCAAGACACUGGUGAUGACGGUGUACGACUUUGACCGCUUCUCCAAGCACGACGCCAUCGGCGACAUCAAGGUGCCCAUGAACAAGGUGGACUUCAGCCACGUCACGGAGGAGUGGCGAGACCUGCAGAGCGCCGAGAAAGAGGAGCAAGAGAAGUUGGGCGACAUCUGCUUCUCCCUCCGCUACGUGCCCACCGCUGGUAAACUCACCGUGGUGGUCCUGGAGGCCAAGAACCUGAAGAAGAUGGACGUGGGCGGCCUGUCAGAUCCGUACGUGAAGAUCCACCUGAUGCAGAACGGCAAGCGACUGAAGAAGAAGAAGACCACCAUCAAGAAGAACACGCUCAACCCGUACUACAACGAGUCCUUCAGCUUCGAGGUCCCCUUCGAGCAAAUCCAGAAAGUGCAGGUGGUGAUCACGGUGCUGGACUACGACAAGAUCGGCAAGAACGACGCCAUCGGCAAAGUCUUUGUGGGCCUGAACAGCUCGGGCACGGAGCUGCGCCAUUGGUCCGACAUGCUGGCCAAUCCCAGGAGACCCAUCGCCCAGUGGCACGUGCUCAAGCCCGAGGAGGAGGUGGACGCGCAGCUCUCCAAUAAGAAAUAGGCAGGACCGCCCUCAUGCCCCCGCCCCCUCCUGCCCAUUGGCUCCUCCACGCUCCUGCCUUCUUGUAUAGCAGGGGGGGGCGGGGCAAAGCGUGACCCUGGUGCCACACGAGGACCCCCAGGUAUUUAUAUCGUUGACCUGAUGGCUAUUUGAUUAGUCAAGUGUUUUAUGAAAUAGUUGGUCAAAAUCGGCACUAACCACUAAGCUGUUGCUGCCUAAAAUGUUUUUUUUUUUGUUUUAACUCAAGAGGUGGCCCCCAGAGCAACCAAUUUUGCCCCCCCCC